UCGGGAUCAGUCGUUCAGUCAUGGCGUCCGGGAAGACGGUGGAUUGCAGCGCUUCCCGCGAAUAACCGCCGACAAACCAACUCAUCGCGACUUCAGCCGCUGCACUGCGCCUUACUUUCGCGGAAUAUCAUUUAACAACACACUUACGGAGCUAUCCAGACACAAGGAGCAUUAGUUCAGCAGUAAAGGUGGGUUUGCAGCAGUAUGGUGGAGCCAGAGGAGCGGCCCUCUGUGGCGGGCCAGAGGCUUGGGGCACCUGAGAGCAUGGGCAUCAGCACACUGGAGCCCGGCCAGCGGCCCCCCACCAUGCCACCCGGCAGACAGAUCUCCAUCCGGGUCCAGAUGCUGGACGACACUCAGGAAGUCUUUGAGGUUUCGCAACGGGCUCCAGGGAAGGCGCUGUUUGACCUGGUUUGUGCUCACCUCAACCUCAUCGAGGGCGAUUACUUCGGUUUGGAGUUUCAGGACCAGCGUAAAAUGACCGUGUGGUUGGAUCUGCUGAAGCCGAUUCUAAAGCAAAUCAGACGACCCAAGAACACCAUCCUGCGCUUCGUGGUGAAGUUCUUCCCUCCCGAUCACACGCAGCUGUUAGAAGAGCUCACCAGGUAUCUUUUCGCCUUGCAGAUCAAGCAUGACCUUGCCUGUGGACGUUUGACCUGCAACGAAAGCAGCGCCGCCCUGCUGGUGUCUCAUAUAGUGCAAUCUGAGAUUGGAGACUUUGAUGAGGUGCAGUGCAAACAACAUCUACUCAACAACAAGUACAUUCCUGAGCAGGACACUCUGAUGGACAAGAUCAUUGAAUACCAUCGGAAACACGUCGGGCAAACACCAGCUGAAUCAGACUACCAGCUUUUGGAGAUCGCACGAAGACUUGAGAUGUACGGAGUGCGUCUUCACCCCGCAAAAGAUCGCGAGGGCACAAAGCUCAGCCUCGCCGUGGCCCAUUCUGGUGUGCUGGUCUUUCAGGGACACACCAAAAUAAAUUCGUUCAACUGGUCUAAAGUCCGCAAGCUGAGCUUCAAAAGGAAGCGCUUUCUUAUAAAACUACGACCUGACUUAAAUCAGAGUAACUGUCAGGAUACUCUGGAGUUUAUGAUGGGAAGCAGGGACUGCUGCAAGGUGUUUUGGAAAAUUUGUGUGGAGUAUCAUGCCUUUUUCCGCCUGUUCGAAGAACCCAAACCCAAGCCCAAACCGGUUCUGUUUACCAGGGGUUCCUCCUUCAGAUUCAGUGGCCGCACACAAAGGCAGGUGAUUGAUUAUGUAAAGGACUCUGAAUUCAAAAAGGUUCCAUUUGAAAGAAAACACAGUAAAAUCCAGUCCAGCAGCAGUCUUUCUCCAUUCCCUCCCAGGCUGUGUGCCGAGGGUCAAGGAGAGAGGAAUACUAGUGCUUCAGCAAACCAGGCGGACUCACCUGUUGGGCGCACCCAAGUGACUGUUGAAAACCCGGCUCUCCAGCGUUACACUGGAAGCCUAACCUCGCAGACCAACGGAUGCCGAAACGGGACCCACGACGAGGCAGAUGCUCGAUUAAAGCCAUCUCCUUCCAAGCAGCAGGCCGAGCAUCUGAGCACAGGUCUAGCAUUGCAUGCUGCCAAGUGUAGCAGUUCCUCGAUACCUUACAUCGACUGCAGUGAUGUAGAUAGCGAAUAUGAUGUGGUCAAAGGCCGCAUCACUAGGUCUCACUCCCACACACAUGACAAUGAUGAGGUUGAGCCAACUGGACGUAGAGUGGGCAAGAGUAAUGGUUACGGAAAUGGUCAGCACAAUGGACAAGGGGCAAGCAAGUCUAGAUUUCGGGAGUCUCCUUUGACCAGCCAUCGGUUGGGUCAGAGUUCAGAUACCUUCAACGGUAGUCAGUUGUCUAAUGGGUCAUUUUGUGGUAAUGGAUCACCACGUGCUCUACCCCUGAGUAGUACCUUGGUGGAUGAAUUGUUUCAAGGUAUGGAUAGACGUGGUCUGGUGUCACCUUCCAGUCAUUUAGUUAGUUCCCGGAGUGCAAACUGUAGCCCAGUGAUGAGCAGUUUUCACAAAACCAACUCCCUGAACCAUCCCGAGCAGAUCGGCUAUAGCGGUCGCCGGCGUUGGGAUGACGGUAGCCACUACCUUACCAAUGGCCGAUCUGGGAGUGAGCCUCAACAUUAUGGGAGCUACUCCCCAAUUGUCAAUCGAUCCCCACACUUGCAGAAACUUCAAAACGGCAUGCGCAACCGUUCCGACACCGAUCCCAUGAUCUUAAGCCAGUUAAGUUCAACCCUGGCCAACGAACCACGAUCAGUGGUCUCGAGGGCUGAACGUAUGGCUGCCCUUGAGCGCCGUGUGGCUGCUAAUGGGCUUGGAGCAUCUAGCCAAGCUCGAUCCAGCAAUGUCCAGAGACUCUAUGGAAGCCGGUUGAGUGCUAAUGACCACAAUAGCCCAGUCCAUAUGAUUGAUGGUUCCACUAGUAGUGGAACAGAGUCUAGUGAUACCGAGUCAGAUGCAGGCAGCAACUCUUACAGUCAGCCCCUGGUCUUUGGAAACCCCGGGGCAGCCAAUUCCUCCCCUAUGCCCCGAAGCAAGUUCUCAUUUGGCAGCCUCCAACUGGAGGACGAGGGUCAGGGGGGAGAUGAUGGCUACAGUUAUCCCAUCAAUGACGAGGAUGGGGCCCCUCAGCACAGUGAGUCUCCAUCUGCAGGCCAAGUGAUGGUGAAUGGCCAGAAACAGAGUCUCAGCCUGGGACAAAGUCCAGAUGGACGGCAGCCUUCGCCUCUCACCACUCCCUUACUGACCGACGCUGGCUUCGUCCGCACAGACGACGAGGACGAGGUUCGGAGGAAGAGGUUCCCGACUGAUAAAGCAUAUUUCAUCGCCAAAGAGCUCCUGACCACAGAGAGGACGUAUCUGAAGGAUCUGGAGGUCAUUACUGUGUCCUUUCAGAAGUCCGUAGGGAAGGACGAAGCCAUGCCGGAUUCCCUCAGGAAUCUCAUAUUUGCCAAUUUCGAGCCGGUGUAUAAAUUCCACGAGACCUUCCUGAAGGACGUGGAGCAGCGUCUGGCUCAGUGGGAAGGCCGAUCCAACGCACACAUAAAAGGAGACUACCAGCGCGUUGGAGACGUCAUGCUGAAGAACAUCCAGGGUUUGAAGCUGUUGACGGCUCAUCUCCAGAAGCAUUCGGAGGCGUUGCUGGAGCUGGAGCGGACGUGUCGCUCGUCCCGGAAGCUGGAGGGUCUGUGUCGAGACUUCGAGCUGCAGAAGGUGUGUUACCUGCCGCUCAACAUCUUCUUCCUGCGGCCGCUGCAUCGCCUCAUGCACUACAAACAGAUCCUGGAGCGCCUGUGCAAACACUACCCGCCGACGCACGACGACUUCAGAGACUCGCGAGCUGCGCUCGCUGAUAUUUCUGAGAUGGUCGUGCAGCUUCACGGCACCCUCAUCAAGAUGGAGAACUUCCAGAAGCUUCUGGAGCUUAAGAAGGAUCUCACCGGCGUCGACAACCUCGCCGUUCCUGGACGGGAGUUUAUCAGGCUCGGUUGUCUCAGCAAACUCUCUGGAAAAGGUCUACAGCAGAGAAUGUUCUUCCUGUUCAAUGAUGUUCUGAUGUACACGAGUCGAGGGAUGACGGCCUCCAAUCAGUUCAAAGUGCACGGUCAGCUUCCUCUGUACGGCAUGACGAUCCGUGAGAGCGAGGACGAGUGGGGCGUCCCGCAUUCCUUCACUCUGUUUGGACAGAGACAGUCUGUCGUCGUGGCCGCCAGCUCCGCGUCUGAGAUGGAGAAGUGGGUGGAGGACAUCAAGAUGGCCAUUGAACUGGCGGACAAAUGCAACGGCCCCUCGGCUGAGAUCCUGUCCAGCAGUUUCACUGACAGCAAAUCCCCUGAGGAAUCUAGCGCCGACCAGGAGUCAGAAGACGACCUGAGCGCCUCACGGACGUCUCUAGAGCGGCAGACGCCUCACCGUGGUAACACCACGGUUCACGUGUGCUGGCAUCGUAACACCAGCGUGUCCAUGGUGGAUUUUAGCGUAGCGUUAGAGAAUCAGCUGUCUGGGAAUCUGCUGAGAAAGUUCAAGAACAGCAACGGCUGGCAGAAGUUAUGGGUGGUCUUCACCAACUUCAGCCUGUUCUUCUACAAAACACACCAGGAUGAGUAUCCUCUGGCCAGCCUUCCUCUGCUGGGAUACUCCAUCACCAUUCCCUCAGAGUCCGAGAACAUCCACAAAGAUUACGUCUUCAAACUCCAUUUCAAGUCACACGUCUACUAUUUUAGAUCUGAGAGCGAGUACACCUUUGAGAGGUGGAUGGAGGUGAUCCGCAGCGCCACCUGCUCGUCCAGUCACAUCCGCUCUCUGAGCCGCAAAGAGCCGCACGUCUACUGACCAAAGACCUCCACAGCCUGAACACACACAAACACACGCGUCAGGUUCUCAAUCAGGUCCUCUCUAUACACUUUCACAUGUUUCUUAUGGACGUUUCUUGUGUGCUAUAUCGUCGUUUCACUUUACUGAAGGGUUGAGAUGUGAAGUUUUGUGGAGGUCAGUGCCAGAAACACACACACACACACACACACACACACACACACUAUAAUCACAGCAUCAGCUCAGAGCCAAACACUCCCAAAUACACAGUUGGUUUAAAUGUGCAAAAAGGUGAAAUCCUCAUUAAUACACAGCAGUCCUCGUUCAUGAAAUGCAAGAACUAAUUAGCAAAUUUGUUCGGAAGAAAGCUUUCACAAGUGGUUGAAUUGAAUGCAAUGGUUAUGUUGAAUGCGAUGAUUUGUUCUUAUGAAUGUUUUAUUGAUUUGUAUGUGAGAAUGUUUUAUAAAUGCUUUAUUGAAUGCUAUAAUGAACAUGAGACUGGUUUAAUGGAAUUGAAUGCAAAGGUUUAAUCAGAGAAGGGUUUACACAUGGAUUUGUUCUGCUGGCGUUUCAUGAAUGAGGUUCGAUGCCUGUAAACACUGUCACUCAAAACUUCUUCUCUGGACUGUUUUUAAAUGUUUUAACACUACGGCUUUUAUUACUGACUUCUGAUCUGAUGUUUAUAAAGGGUUGACGCUGUCUGUCUACAUCUCUGUGAUAAGAAAGGAAACAAUCUGGCAAAAAAUGUGCAGGUCAUAUUUCACCCCAGAAGUAAUAGGGGGGAAAAAAUAAGAUUUUAUCAGGAAUUUGCAUUAAAACAUAGGCCAUUUUUAGGACCAUUAGGGUUUUUUUUUUUUGUUUUUUUUUGCAAUUUAAUGACAAUUUGUCCUGAAUUUUUCAUUAUUUUAAUGCAAAUAGUACAACUGAUACUACAAUUGUUAGUUUACAUAAGAGUAUUAUUUGUUGUGCAGAAUUAAAUUUACUCUGAUUUUAAUAAUAAUAAAAAAACAGUAUGAUUUUCAUUAGUGUAUUAAAGUGGAAAUUUAGGGGAAAAUGUCAUGAAAAUAUUAAAAUGAAAAAAAUUUGUUAAAAUAUACUUAUUUACUUAAUACUUAAUUUGAGGGUAAAAUGUUAUUUUGCAAAACAACAAGCAUAUUUGUAGAAAAUACAUACAUAUUUUCUGCAUGAAUCAUAGGCUAUUUUUAGAACUAUACAUUUUUUUUGUUUUGUUUUUUAUGACAAUUUGCCCUGAAAUUGUCAUUAUUUUAAUGCAAAUAGUACAAUUAAUACUACAUUUGUUAGUUUACAUAAUAUUAUUUGUUGUGCAGAAUUAAAUUAAUUUUAAUAAUUAAAAAAAAAAAAACAGUAUGAUUUUCAUUGCUGUAUUAAAGUGGAAAUUUGGGGAAAAUGUCAUGAAAAUAUUAAAAUGAAAAAAAAAAAUUCAUUAUUAUAAUGCAAAAAAUAUAUAGUACAAUUGUUAGUUUAUGCAUGGUAUUAUUUGCUGUGCAGAAUUUAAGAUUUUUAUUCUGAUUUUAAUUAAAACUACUUUGUGUCACAAGGAAAAAAAAUGUAUUUCUUCAAAAAUUGCAAAAUAAGGUUUUGCUUUUAUCAUUUUGGGUGAUUUUCUUUGUUGUUUUUUUUUUGUUUGUUUGUUUGUUUGUUUGUUUUUUUUGCAUGAAAACGUUUUUAUAUUUUUAGGACCAUUUAUUCUUCUUUUUUAUUUAUUUAUUUUUUUUACAUUUUUGUGAUAAUUUGCCCCAAAUUUCCAUUAUUGUAAUGCAAAAAGCCUAAGAACAUAAGUUAAAUGCAUUUGUUUGUUUGUUAUAUAGAAUUUAUUCUGAUUUUAAUUUUUUCAAAAAAAAAAAAAAAAGAUUUUCUUCUCUGCAUUACAGUAUAAAUUUGAAUUUGUCAUGAAAUGUGACAAUGUCAAAAAUCUUCUUAUAUUCUUGUUUUGAUUUAUUUUUUUGGGGGGUGAAAUGACCUUGUCGUCCCGUAGACCGCGUCUAUGCACAAGCUGGAUUUGUAACGUUUUAGGCCUGAGACGUACGGCACAUGCUGCCUUCAAGCGUUUAUACCACACUCAAACCUUUCUUUUGUAGGAUGUCAUUUUUAUACGAGUUUUGAUACUAACUGUGAAGCGCUCCACACUAGUUUUGUGAGGGAUCAGUACACAGUCCCUCAUAGUUAGCCAUUAUUCUGUCAUGGUGCAACAAAAACAAAAACAAACAAACAAAAAAAAAAAACGAAGGAAGCCGGCUGCCUUUUGUUGAACUGCUUGAGUGCCAAAAUUCUUCUCUUUAAUCUUUUUUUAAGCAUUUGGAGCAUUUUAAUUCUUUCUUAAUGCAUAUAUAUUAUAUAUAUUAAAAAGGAAAACACAAUAUGGAUUAUAUGUUGGCAGAAAUGUAUGUUUGACAGUGCGUGAAUAUGUUCAGAAUAAACAAAUCCAUAUAUAUACA